UAACUCGGGAGCUCACUCGCUCACUGGACUGGACUGGACUGGACACUGAGUUAGUCGACGAAAAUGAAACCCAAUCUUCUUUUCUAUUUUCUGCUUCAAAUUCUGGUGGCACUGCUCCGUGCUAAGGCGGAACACGGUGGCGCCGCCUCCAGCAUAAUCUUCACUACGCUUGGCCGACUAGACUAUGCCUUUGAUAUUUUCAGCCUCCCAAUUACUGAGCACCCGCCGACCAUGUUCGACGAAAUUCAAAUCACCGAUGGGGAAUCGGUCAAUUUCAACGGCCAAUUUCCUUCUCCUUUGUCGACCUCCUCGCUUUUAUCUCUCUUACCCAACCAAACUCUGGUACAGACCAUUUUUGGGGUCGACCCACCUCCUUUGCAGGUCGUCUAUGUCACCGAGCGAGAUGGGGUGUGGAAUCUUUACUACGAUGUUGUAAUUGCCGAUAAUCCUACAUCGGAAAACGCCAGAAGAAGGUCGGCCAUCGAAGUUUUCGAUCGAGUUCAAAUUCCUCUCUUGGGUAAGAAGCUGGUAAGUGACAAGAUUUCUAUGAAAGAUAAGCCUAAUUUGGUAGGUAAUCAUGUGGUUUAUGUGUCGACUCAUGAGAACACGGGCGAACCCAGAACGAGUUGGGCAGCAGUGUACUCAACCGAGUUGAAAUCGGGCGUGACUCGGAGGUUAACGCCCUAUGGUGUGGCUGAUUUUAGCCCCGCGGUAUCACCGUCCGGGACUAGGACUGCGGUGGCUUCGUAUGGAGCAAAGGGAUGGAACGGUGAAGUUGAAGAGCUUAGUACGGAUAUUUAUAUUUUCUUGACUCGGGAUGGAACUCAGCGAGUCAAGGUUGUUGAACACGGUGGAUGGCCAAGUUGGGUGGAUGAAUCGACUCUGUACUUCCACCGGAGAGGUGAAGAUAAGUGGUGGAGUAUUUACAGAGCUAUUUUACCAAGCAACGGUAAGAUUUCUGUUGACUCAGUGGUGAUUGAGCGAGUCACCCCACCGGGUCUCCACGCGUUCACUCCAGCUACAUCACCGGGGAACAAGAACUUCAUAGCCGUUGCUACAAGAAGAGCCACUUCGAGUUUUCGCCAUAUCGAGCUAUUCGACCUGAAGAAGAACGAGUUCAAGGAGCUAACUCGUCUGGUCUCGCCGCAGUCUCACCAUCUCAACCCGUUCAUCUCGCCCGACUCGACCCGGGUCGGGUACCACAAGUGCAGAGGAGACGGAAACGGAAGAAAAAAACCCAAACUAUUCCUCGAAAACGUCCGCAGCCCCGUCUCCGACAUCUCCCUCUUCAGAGUCGACGGCUCCUUCCCUUCAGUCUCGCCAAAGAACGACGUAAUCGCUUUCGUUGAAUUCCCAGGCGUUUACGUCGUGAACCUAGAUGGCUCAAAUCGGAAACAAGUCUUCAACGGAAACGCCUUCUCGACCGCCUGGGAUCCCGUUCGCAACGGAGUCAUAUACACCGGCGCCGGACCAGAGUUUGCUCCGGUAAGUGCAGAGGUUGAUAUAAUAUCUAUAAACAUCGAGAACCCAGAUCAUGUCAUCGUAAAGAAGCUGACAACAAACGGUUUAAACAACGCUUUCCCUUCACCCUCGCCGGACGGGAAACUUAUCGUAUUCCGGUCGGGUCAAACCGGUUACAAGAACCUGUACAUAAUGGACGCGGAGGAGGGAGAGAAGAGUGGGCUCCAAAGGCUAACGGAGGGUCCAUGGAGCGAUACCAUGUGCAGUUGGUCUCCAGAUGGAGAGUGGAUCGCGUUCGCUUCGGAUCGGCAUAACCCGGGUGGCGGUAGCUUUGAGCUGUAUUUGAUCCACCCGAAUGGAACCGGGUUGAGAAAGUUGAUUGAAAGCGGGUCGGGUGGUCGGACUAACCACCCGGAGUUCAGUCCGGAUGGGAAGAGCAUAGUUUUUACAACAGACUACGCGGGUAUAUCAGCAGAGCCAAUCUCGAACACACAUCACUACCAACCCUACGGUGAGAUCUUCACUAUUAAAUUGGACGGUUCUGAUUUGAGGAGAUUGACUCAUAACUCUUACGAGGAUGGAACUCCUUUUUGGGUCCAUAAAUUCUUGAGGCCUGUCAAUGUGGAGUGGCCCAUAGAUAGGCCUCGUUGCCAAUUUGAGGAUUUGCAUUGGCUCAAGGACAUGCCUGGGCCUAGCUACGGUUUUGGGCUUCUGAACAAGGCUGAGUGUGGUACGAAAUUCUAGUAUUUAUAUGUCUCUUAUGUGAAAAAUAGGUAUUUUGCAAACUUUGGAAUAUUGGUAUGUGACUUUGUAGAUGGUGUUUAAUUAAUGUGCUGGAAUUAUCCUUGAGUGCUUGUUCUAUGUAAACAAAUAAAAUACUAUAGUAAAAUCUUUAAUAUAGUCAUAAUUUUGUUUUGGGAUCAA